GUGGGCUAGUACUAAGACUCUGAACCUGAGGAAGCCAUGUCGAUGUUGAUCACUCCCACUUAACCGGGCGGUGAGCCUCAAAUCGCCGCAGCUUUGCAGGAACAACAGUCAAGACCAAGCUUAUGGAUCGAAGCAACAAGAUCCUUUUUGCAAAAAUUAGCCAACUGCACAUCAAGGACCAAAGGGCUUUCCUUUUAUCGUGUUCAUAAUUGUGAUCACCCUCCGUGCAAAUUCCUAUACGAAUUCCCCGGCAUUCCCACACCAGCGACAUGGCAAGCUCGGCCGCAAGCGGGUUGAAGUACCUUUCCAAUGCGCUAGCAACACCAGAGCAGCUAACAAAUUCAUCAUCAUCUAUCGACGGUGUGCCUGUUGAUCUAGAAGCAUCUGUCCGAUUUGCGGGCGCGCAGCUCACACAAACAGCGGGGGUUCUGUUACGAUUGUCGCAAGACAUCAUCGCGCAGGCCAUUGUGACAUUUACCCGGUUCUGGAUAGGCUCAGAAGGUGGCAGUCUACGAAUAUACUCGGUGAAGGAUGUAUCCGCCGCAGCACUGUACAUGACUGCCAAGUUAUCCUUCCAACCCACCUCUCCCCGCUCGGUGCUAAACGUCUACGCUUUUCUCCUGUCGAAAGAUGCGUCGCCAUUGUGGUUCAUAAACCCCAAGGGGUCGCCAGACAAGGCAAUGCCAGAAACCUAUCACCUUACGGAAGGCGAUUAUCACGCACAGCGACUGGUUCUGCUGCGCAUCGAGUCGAUCAUUCUGCGCACGUUGGGAUUCAAUACGCAUGUGGCUCUCCCUCAUACUAUCGCCUUGACCUACCUCCAGACCCUUGGCGUUCCAUCCUCCGCCGUUGCUCACAGAGUAUUCGAGCAUCUCAACUCAGCAUUGCUGUCGCCGCAGUUGUUAUACGUCACGCACCAACCGAACGCCCUUGCCGUUGCUUCGAUCUACCUCGCAUCUCGGGAAGUGGGGGUCAAGCUUGUCGAUGGCGACUGGUGGGAAGUAUUCGACGUUGACCGGGAGGACCUCGGAUUCGUGGUGGUGGCCAUGAGAAGCAUGGAGGGAUUUGCGCGGGCGGAAAUGGAAAAGUGGAAGGGGCGAGGAAUACCCAUGACGGUGGACGAGCUGGAGGGUGAGAUAGAACAUAGGAGAAUGAUGGAAGAGGGUGAGUGAGGGCUACACAGCAUGCAAGUCAAAUCUAUCAUGCGGGCGCAGCUUGCUUGAGGAAGAUCUCAGUUACAGGCUACAUAUGUUCCAGAACCAGCAUCUGGAACAAGAAAGGGCCAUGCUGGAUCCGAUAUGAUCAGAUAUCGGAGAUAGCGGCCAGCCUUCCCGAGGACCCGUGGGCGCAGAAACCCCCGCCACUCAAGUGACAGGGCCUCUUUUCCUUCGGAGGAUGCCAUAGCCAGUUAUACUUCCAGGUCCUUUAAAUGGCACAAGAAGGGACGGACCUACGU